GGAAACUGUAAACAAUACUUAUUUAGAUUUAGCCAAAAUGGCGGCCACGGCGGCCAUUGUGUUUUUAGUGUAUUUGUUUAAUUUAUCAUCUGGAUACGUAUUGAUGGACGAAGAUGAGAACCUGGACGAGAUACUGACGUUGCCCUCCGAGUACAACAUCAAGGCUGAACGGAUCGACCUCAUCGCUGAUUUGAAGCUGCCUUUGAAGCUAUGGUUUAGCACGGAAAUCAAUCGAUCCAGAGUAGACGUUUACGACGGUAUGGUGAAGCGUUAUUACUAUUGGGGCGACGAUGGCGCCACGGGGACCGAGGGAACUAUCUACAUGGCCUACCCUAAAUGGACUGAGAAGGAGGGGCACACGAUAUUUUGCUCCAAAAUGGACAUGGACCAAGAAGUACCAAACGACGCUUUUCCCACUGAUGAAGAAUACGUAUAUGCAGGCAAAACAUAUCACGAGGGUCAGAAGGUCGACGUGUGGAAGUUCACGGAAGAUUACGGAGACACACGAGCAGAACUCGUCCUCUACAGCCACAGGACGGAGCGGGGUGAAGAUGUCCCAGUACAGAUAGUAAAGAAAGAGUUUAAUACGAUGUUGGGGUCAUUAGAGAAACACGUGAUCUUCAACUACGACCAAUUCAACCCUCUGUUCUGCGAAGACGAUUUGGAUGCCGAGAAAGAGGGAUCAUGUGAGUGGACUCCUGAUGACUUUAAUGGCCACAUGAAGAUGUUGCAUCCCGCAUUCCAUAGCGACCUCGACGUAGCGUUCAACAGCUUUAAAAAGCACCAUGGAAGAAACUAUCAGAACAAGAAAGAACAUAACAUGAGAAGAGAUAUUUUCCACAGGAAUUGGAAAUUCGUCGUAGACCACAACCGUCAAAACCUCGGCUUUAAGCUGGCCCUGAACCACCUCUCGGACCUCACGCCAGCCGAACGGGCGCACAUGAGCGGCGGGAGACGAUCCCCCCACCCGUCCGCUACAGCCCCCUUCCCCCACAGCGAGAGACAAGUUGGGGACAUCGUUACCCAGAUACCUGAAGAAUAUGAUAUGAGACUGGAAGGCAUCAUAUCGCCUAUAAAGAACCAGGACCGAUGCGGGUCCUGUUGGACUUUCGCGACGGCGGCGGCGGUGGAAGGGGCCCUGGCGAGACUAGACGGACGUCUUCUGGACCUCAGCGAGCAGUCCAUCGUCGACUGCAGUUGGGAGGGUGAUAACGAAGGAUGCAAUGGCGGAUUCCCUAAGGAAGCCCUGGAGCACAUCAUGAAGCACGGAAUCCCUCUAGAGGAGGACUAUGGCGGGUAUCUGAACGAGAACGGCUACUGUCACCUCGAGAACGUCACCGAAGUAUUCAAGAUCCGCGGCUUCACGAUGGUGACGCCAAUGAGCGUCAGCGCCAUGAAAGUGGCGUUGUACAAGUACGGACCAGUCAUCGUCACUAUCCAGAACAACCAUGCCUUCGACUUCUACCGUAGCGGCGUGUUCUACGACCAUACAUGUGUGGAUGACUAUGUCGGCCACGCCAUAACCAUCGUGGGCUACGGCUCCCGAGAUGGGGCCGACUACUGGAUCGUGAAGAACUCCUACGGCCAGCAGUGGGGGGAGGACGGCUAUAUGUUGCUGUCCUCUUUGAACAACAACUGUUUCGUGCUCAACGAACCAUAUUAUCCUGUAGUUUAGAGAAAAUUUAGAUCGAUGUGACAGUCCAUAUCAAAAGGGACCUUAUGGCGGUCAGCGCUUACGUAGCGUAGUACCGCAAGUAUAGAGGCGCUGCUAAUAAUGGCGUAAAUGACGACCGCCAUAAAGGGGCCCACUGAUUACCAGUUCGGCAGACGAUAUCGGCCUAUCAGUUAUUCACGAUUGUCAGCUUUUGCGGAUAACUGACAGGCCGAUAUUGUCCGGUGACCUGAUAAUCAGUGGGCCCUUAAGGCCCCUUUUGGCAGUCCUAAUUUUAGUUGUAGAUAAAAUGUAUUGUGAUUAACACAUAAUAGAUUUCCACGUGCACAA